AUGCAUGAGGGUCUCAUGGCUACCGGAUUGGUAAAGUGGUGGCGGGCAAGGUUCCUCGCUGGCUACAGACCCUUUUCUGUCGUUGGUAAUACGGAAGGCAGCGACUCGGAAGAACUUCUUGGCGGUGUCACGGCACCCUGUAGCGGUUCACCACCGGAAUCCAAGCCAAUUCUGUUAGAAACAGAAGCGCCGCAGGUCGCGGUUGACGCUUCGACUAGCCCUACGCCGGCAACCGGAAAUGACGAACAGCCGAGUGCCAGCACAACAAAGCAACUUAGUUUCGAGGAAUUCGAAUGCGACGUGUCGGUGGCGGAGGGCGACAGAAGACGCCAGGAAUUCUCGUUCACUCUGUACGACUUCGACGGCCACGGGAAGAUAACAAAGGACGACAUUGCCGGCCUGGUGACCACCAUUUACGAUACCCUGGGCGCUUCCAUCCAGGUACCGCCGUGCGGCAGCAAGACGAUUAAGGUGAAGCUGACUGUGUCCCCGGAUCAGAGAGCUGCCAGCCAACAGACACGGGCGACGACGACCGGCGGCUGUCCAAACGCUUCUCAGCCGGCUGCCGCUGCCAGCUUUUCCGGAAAUUCGUCCUGCUGCCACUUGAAGCACGCGUCCUGCAACAAUGCGGCGACCCACACAGCCGCCGUGCACGGUUUACGCAGAGUUCCUAGAAGGAGGAGAGCGCCACGACACCGUUGCCAGACUGCACAAAAGGACGUGGAUACUCAUAGCGAAGACGACGGCGAAAACGCGCGAACGAAUCGAAUAAAACAGGAGGAAUUACGCCGAAGGGUGGGGCCCCUGCCUCAUUUACCGUCACCCUAUUCGAACAGCUCCGAGGGCGAUAUCAGCGAUGACAGCGAUGUUUCCCCUGCAGUUUCCCCCUUGACGCCUCUCCUCACGACUAAUCAGCGAAAACGCAGCGGUGCUCUACAAAGGCAACAGCUCUUGGAAAUUAUUCAGGCGAACAUGGAAAAGAAUAAUCUCAGUUUUCAUACGUCAAGGAAACGACAUCAGAACGAACAAUCGCGCAUUCCAUCUCAAACUCCACACGUGGAACCGUCGUCUACCCACUACAACAAUCAAGACUGUCGUUCACCGCCGGAAUCUCGGCCAGCGACGAUGGCGUACGUCAAGACUGCACGGGAAAAGCCUCAGGGUUUCGCGUCUUUUUCCAAGGUGCCCGCGAAGUCACGGGGAAAUCUUCGAAAGGCACGACCGCAAUACGGUGUUCAAAGGAACAACACGGGGGCACAACCGCCGCGAGCGUACGUGCAACCGCAGGUUAUGUCUCCCCGUACCGUGAUCAGCCCGAACGUUUAUACGGAGCAACAAACGACGGGAAACGCGAAUCGUAAUACCGGUAACCCGUUACCGAACAGUCAGCAGCAUCCGAUCAAUCAGGCCCCGACCAAUAAUCAUAACGUUCCGCGUAGCGAGACGCAGUUCAGUAAGUCCCAGCAAUGCGGCAAGUCGAGUAAAAAGCAUCAGCUGAAACACGCGACCAGGGAGCAAGACCAGGCCAGAGCUAUGGUUCAGGUCGUGCGUUGGUUGGAACGGGAAUUCUCGCAGAACGCGGCUGCGAACUCCGGUCGAAAACACGUUCACGAACACAUUCAUCAUCAUUAUCAUCAUUACCACACCGAGGCUCUUGUUUGAUUCGUUUUUUCGCGCGGGAAUUUCAAAACUAACGUUGAUUCUUAAUUGAAGGGCGGUAAAAUGAUAGUGUACGCGCAUCGGUUUAAGUUCUAAAAUUUGGAGAUAUCGCACUCCGCCUUCCUUGUAUUAGGCAGUUUAUGUUCUUCCAAAAUGUUUAAACGAAUGAGCAAGUUCUGCCGGACAGUUACAAAGCCAAGCAACUUUCUUUAAUUGUAACUGUACACCACAUACUUCUGAGAUGUAAAACAAUCGACUUAACAUCAUAAAUUUAUUUAUUGCCAAUUUUUUGUACUGCCAGAAGCCUGAACUGUGAAUUUAUAAAUGUGUGUCUGGCAGAAGA